AUGUCUUGGCUUUGCAAAUCGCUCCAAUCCAACGAUGCAGAUUCACCGCCACACUCUCCUUCUUCACCAUCAGUUAAAGAUGAAUUGUCGGUCAUCAGUGAUUCUAUCGGCCGUCAAUUACGUGGCGUUGCUAACUUCCUCGCACCACCUCCAUCACUGCCGUCCAAUCCGGAAGCAGCCAAUUCCCAACCGUCCGAUUCUCCUCCUCAAUCGUCACAAGCUCUCCUCGGGAUUCGCAACGAUCUCGCAGAAAUCGGUGGCAGUUUAAAAUCCGGUCUCUCUAAACUUUCUUCUAAUUUCUUGCAAUUUAAAGAUGAUAAGAAUAGUAAUCAAGAAGGUGAUUAUGAUGAUGAUGACGUGGCGGGCAUUAAUGAGGAGGUAAUUGGUUUUGUUAAGGAGAUUUCUUUGAGACCUGAAUGCUGGAUUGAUUUUCCUUUGCCACUCCAAGACGAUUUUAGAAUGACUGAUGCUCAAAGAGAACAUGUCUCGAAUAUUGAACAUUUGGUUCCUAGUUUGGCACGGCUUAGAAGUAGUCUUCGGAGUGAAAUGGGGGAUGGCCAAUUUUGGAUGAUUUAUUUUAUAUUGUUGAUUCCUAGAUUGAAUGAACGUGAUUUUGAGAUUCUAUCAACUCCCCAGGCAUGGUUUUUGUGUGUGCAACGACUUCUGUUGAAAGUUUUGAGAAGAAUGAAGCGUAGCAAAACUAUCUCAACACUUUCUGAUGAAAUUGAUGUUCAUAAUUUGACAUUAGAGCAAAGCAUUUCAUCUGAAAUUGGCUUUGAAGUUCUGACUUCUGAAAUAGCUGAAACAAGAAAUGUACUUCUGCAGAAGCUGCAAAACAAGAGGAAUGUGAAGGUGGAAAGCUCCAAAAAUUCUAACAAUGAGAGAGAAGGAGAAAAUACAACAUCUAGAGAAGAUGUCACUGGGAUUGUAAACGCUACUGGAGGCUUAAAAAUUAGCGAUGAAGAGAAUUCUAAGCAGUUUUUAAAAGAGAAAAUUAACAAUAGCACUUCAAUGGAUAACCAGAAAAAGCUUAAAGAUGAGGAGGAUGUGUCAUUCAGCGAUCUGGAGGAUGAUGAUAGUGAUUUUUCAGCAAGGUUAUCAGCUUCUAGGAAGGCAAAGAGCAUUAGGGCCCCUUCACCGAGUGGAUCCAGCGAUUGGGUCCAGCUGAGUGAAAGCUCUGACACUCAGGUUGGUCCACGUAAGGCAAGGCAGUCAUUUUCUCAUGAUAAAGAUUCAGAUGCUGAGUCUGCUGACUGGCAUAAAGUUGAUGAGUUUGAUUAG